AUGGGGUCUUUGAAGGAUCCAAAAACAUGGAUUCCUCAUAUAAACCCUAAAGAUUGUUCCAAAAAGAUCUGCAACAUAUACUGUACAAAGUGGUGUAAGUACGUCAUCCUCCCUUCACCUCCGCCACCUGCACCACAGGAUGAUUUGGGUGGUGCCAAACUGUCACCGGCGGUAAUUGUUAUCAUUUCUCUUAUCGGAAGUUUUUUCCUUUUGAUGGGUUACUACGUUGUAAUCUCGCGUUACUGUUUAAGAAACAACGAUUCAUCUGUGUCAUUAAGCACAUCAACUGAGAAUCAAGAAACCCAUGAUCCAGAAAGGGGAGUAGAUGGUCAUGGUGAAGAUCAUCACGAUCCAUUGAUCUAUGUACCAUGGCUUGUUUUAGGUAAGGGUCUGGAUGAGGCUUUGAUCAAGUCCAUCACGAUAUGUAAGUACAAGAGAGGCGAUGGAUUGGUCUUGUGUACAGAUUGUUCGGUUUGUUUAGGGGAGUUUCAAGAAGAUGAGAGCAUUAAGCUUCUACCAAAAUGUAGCCAUGCAUUUCAUGUGUAUUGUAUUGAUACAUGGCUCAAAACUCACUCGAAUUGUCCGUUGUGUAGAGCAAAAGUAUGUUGUGAUAUUAAAGCUCCGCCCCUCAUCUCCCCCCCACCACCACCUCCUCCUCCACGGCCACCACCUCCACCACCACCAGUGAUGACUAGCGACUUAGAAGGACGAGAUGUUGCUAUUGAGAUUGGAGAAGAGGGUUUUAGGAAGAUUAAAAGAUCUAAAUCUUUGAGCUAUUUGUGUCAAACUCGAGCUUCAGUUGCCGAAGUUAUGUUCUUUGAUCAAGCCGAAGAAAUGGCACAACAACAAAUCCAAUUGGGGAGCGACGCCGGAUCAUCUAGGAUGAUUUGGAGAGAACCAAGGGUUUAA